CGGCUUUGUCAUUGUUUCUCGUGGCGCAUGCUUGCUCGAGAUGCUGCAAAAAAUCCAUAUGCAGGGUAUGUCCACGCUGGAGAUAUACAUUGAGGAAUCCAUAUGUGACGCUUAUGGUACUCCAUCAACAUCAAAUGUUGUUGUAUCUAGGCAUGGUGUCGAUGCAGGGAACUCCUCAAAUGCUACUGUACUGGACAUGAUUAUAGAGGAAGAGGGUAGAUAUUUACACAAUGGUGCAUCAUUUGUGGAUGGACAGGGAAGUGAUGAUGAUGCUGACGAGAACAUCAAUGGUGAUGACAUGACAAAAUCUGAUGAAGAUGAUGGUGAUACUGUCACGGAAACUGCCCCGUCUAGUCACUUUACUAGAAUAUAUGAUCUCCCUGAAGGCUUUCUGAUACGUGGAUGAGUGGAGCAGAGUGCAAGAGGAAGAAGGAACGUGAUUGCCCCUGGAGAAUACGCGCCACAAAGAACAAAGGCAACCUCGACAGCUUUACUGUUGUGCGUUAUCCUGGACCUCAUUCUGCUACCUGUGUUGGCAACACCGACAGUACUGAUCACGUGGCGAUGGCUUCAGAUUUCAUUGCUAAAGAUGUGAUUGACAUUCUUCGCACUGAUCCUUCCCUUAAAGUGCAUACUAUCAUUGAGAUGCUGAAGGAAAAGUAUGGGUAUACAGUAUCAUACAGGAGAACAUGGAUGGGCAAGCAAAAGGCCAUUGUAGAAAUAUUUCGCGGUUGGGAGAAGUCAUCUUAUGAAUUGCCCCAUUUCAUGAGAAGGCCAAGCAUCACACUGUUACUCCAUUUGAUAUAGGCCGAGGGAUAUACCAAGUGGAAACAGGAUGUGGUGCCCGAACGUUGGGAAAGAGUGGGAGAAAACAAAUUGUCCAUCUGCAGCGGCGUACUUGCACUUGUAAAAAGAUGGAAAUAUAUAAGAUUCCAUGUUCCCAUGUAUUAGCCGUGUGCUGACAACGUAGUUUGUCUUCUCAUCCAUUUGUGGAUCCUUUUUUCUCAUCUGCCCAAUACGCCGCUACAUAUCAAAGAGUCUUUAAACUCAUUCCUGACCGUGAUUAUUGGCCGACUUACAAUGGACCUGAAAUUGUGCACGAUCCAUCCAUGCUUCGGGCUAAGGGAAGUCCACACAUAUUAAGAAUGAGAUGGAUGAAGGUCCCCGAGAAACGGUUAGAUGUGGAAAUUGUAAACAAAGCGGCCAUAAUAGGGCCACGUGUGCGAAGAGAUCAUCAAGAGAUGGAGGGGGGUCCACUGGGCAUGGAGGUGUCAGCGGAUCCAGGGCCGAGUGAUCAUUCUGACCUGACAUUGCAGGCCACGCACAGGAGUGAGGAUGUGUGGCAUGGCCUCGAUGUUCCGGUGGAUAGGUGCCGCGAGCACCUCCGUGGUUUGUCGCAUGUGCAGGUGGACGACAGAGUACUUGCAUAUGUUCGUGCUGCGGGUUUUUAUGGUCUGCAUAGAUUGGUGGCUACUGUCCCUCUCGAUAAAGCGCUACUCACUGCUCUUCUUGAGCGUUGGAGGCAGGAGACACACACAUUUCACCUCCCUGUCAGUGAGGUGAUAGUGACCUUGGGAGAUGUAGCUGUACUGACUGGGUUAGAGGUCGAUGGGAGAGCAGUUACUGGUACUGCUUGUCGACAGUGGGUUGAGGAGUGUGAGCGCUUGUUGGGUGUUCGCCCCCUUCUUCAGACUGACAUUCAGGGGUCAUAUCUGAGGAUGCCUUGGCUGAGGGAGCAUUUCGCUGAGCUUCCUCCGGACGCUGAUGAGGUGAUGACCCAGCAGGAUGCACGGGCUUACAUUCUGAUGAUGACGGGGCUUCCAUUUUCGCUGACAAGAGCGGAAAUGAGGUUCAGGUGCUGCACUUGCCUAUGCUAGAGAGGUUUGAUGUAGCUGCACAGUUCAGUUGGGGUAGUGCCACACUGGCUUAUAUCUAUGUCACGGGUGCUAGAGUGGGAGCACAGAGCUUGGAGGAUUUUUGCUUCUACUCCAGAUUUGGUCAUGGGAGUACAUCCACAUUGGGUGUCCCAUUAGAGUGGCUUACCAUGGCCUUGAUGGACACCCACUGCCUGAUGAGCCUCCACGUCUCCUGGGACCACAUCAUGUACGGGGCGAGGACCCUCUGGGCCGUCGAUGGCUACUUGAUGAUCUAUGUCGCACAUCAUCGGCUUCUGGGCUCGGUGUCUACAGGGAUGCAUUUGAUCGGAUGUCUGAGGAUCAGCUGAGAUGUUUGCAGAGUUGCCCCCGGCUAGACAAGAGCAUUUUCACAUAUGGCGAGCUCGUGUGUCGUUGAUAUGUUUUGACAUUGUUGAGCUUCAUUUGCCUGAUCAUGUAUUGCGACAUUUUGGGUAUGAGCAGGUCAUUCCAGCACCUAUCGACACAUAUGUAGAGCUUCAUAGGCUGGAUAGGCAUGUGAAGCGUACAGAGGAUUGGAAACUCAGACAUGUCCGAUACGUCAAUAUGUGGGAGAGGCGAGCUGAGCUUGUUGUGACUGGGACACCAACAUUAGUCCCAUCUGUUUCGGGAGACUACAUGGGAUGGUAUUACAGCAUCACUCGCUUGUUUGUGUCUCCUUCGUUCAGACUCCAUACUCACCAUUAUCAGCCUAGCUCCUUGGCUUUGCAUUUGACGACACGAGCUUUGCAACGUAUACAUCAGCGGGCUAUUGCCACAGUGAGUGAUACGCAUGACGUCGAAAUGUACGGACAGGCUAUGACGGGCAUUGCCUCCUUGUGUUCAGAUGUGUUGGGGCGAGUCGACUACGGCCAUCUUAUACAUAUGCCCCCAUCUCAGGAUAUGCCAUCGACAUCUAGUGCAACGAUGACUUCAUCAUCCCAGACUCAGCAUGGGAGAGUGGUUCUUCAACCACGACAUUGGCGUCGGUGUAGGCAGCAACAACAACAUCUCCAUGACCAAGAUGAUCAAG